UAGAGAAGAAACUCGAGAAGAGGGACGGCCGUUCAGGAAUCUCGUCGACGGCUUUAGGCAGCUCUUGAUGGAACCCUAGAUCCGGGAACCGGAAACCCCCAACACUGAUGCGGAUUCCUCCGCAAGCAAUGCUAGUUUUCCUCCCAUCACAGUUUCAGAUGGUUGAUUCUUGUAUCUACUGAACUUGCCAGAAGUUAUAACUAAUUCAAGAAACAAUGGCGGGUUUAUCACGCAGCUUGUCGACUUGCCUGCACUCUGGACAGCUUGCUCUAUUGGCAAUUCUGGUCUCUGGUGGAAUAGUAUUGCAAAUUUUGGCAUGUGCUUUGUACAAUAACUGGUGGCCUAUGCUAACAGCGUUGAUGUAUGUAAUUCUUCCGAUGCCAUUGUUAUUCUUUACGGGAUCCAACAGCAGCUCACUCAUGUCCAAUGAGGGAAAUGGAUGGGUAAACUUCACAAAAUUCUUGACCGGUGCUUCAGUCAUUGGAAGCAUUGCGAUACCUUCCAUCUUGAAGCAUGCAAAUCUCAUCGGAUGGGGGGCGCUGGCAAUGGAGCUGUCUUCUUUUGUGGUUUUCGGUGUGGCCAUCCUAUGGUUCCUCCAGAUGAGCAAUCACGAUGACUACAGUUAUUUCUAAUGCUUGAUUAAUGUGCGUGUGAUUUUUAUUUUCUAAUGUUUUGAUUAUCGAGUUAUGGGAGUGGAUUUCUUCCCUCUUGUCUGAAUUCAGGCAAAUUACUGCUUGUGCAUUUAUGCUACUCGAUCACAUUUGUUCAAAGUUGCAUGUAAUGAGUGGCUACAACGCCUUGUGAUUUUGCAAUUAUGUGAACUUGAUCGUGUAACCAAAAGACUCGGAUUUUGGAGAUACUAUCACAAGAAAUGCAUACAAAUGUUGAGGACC